AUGACCUACCGAACCACCCUGGACCUGCUUUUCAAAUCACAUCGGUUUGUCCCCAAUUACAGAUGUGGCAUCCGUCAAAAUGUAAUAGGAAUCAUUGGGGGGCUUGCCUCCGUUACCUCCUCACGCAUCGCAGACAUCUUAGGUCUUUUCAAGAUUCCACAGUUUGUAUACGGCUCAUUUCCACCACCAAUGAAUGAGCCAAUCAAUGUUCCCUCCUUUUAUCGCAUGGUUCCCAACGAAGGCCUUCAGUACCAGGGAAUUGUCCAGUUACUCCUCCAUUUCAACUGGAAAUGGGUUGGGCUCAUUGCCAAAAAUGAUGAAGGUGGGGAACAAUUUUUGCAGAUGAUGGAUCCAAUACUCUCCAGGAAUGGAAUCUGUUCAGCAUUCACAGAAAUACUUCCAGAACAUAUGCAUGUCAUGAAUGCAGAUGAACUUAUCAAGGACACAAAGAAGGUUUUGCCAAUUAUCAGUCCAGGAAACAUCAACGCUGUUGUUAUCUAUGGAGAAACCUCAUCAAUUAUAACGUUGGCUAACAUUAUAGGAAUAACCAGAGCCAUGAAAGGACUAUUUCUUCAAAAUAAAAAUGUGUUCUCUGCAACAAAAGUGUGGAUUACCACAGCACAGAUUGACUUCACAUUAAAUAAAUUUCAAAAGUUAAUUGAAAUUGAUAUUCAAAUUUUUGAAGGUGCUAUCUCCUUCUCAAUUCAUUCCAGGGAAUUGCAAGCUUUCCAAGAAUUUGUAAAGGAAAUCUACCCUUCUUGGUCAGAGGAAGAUGGUUUUAUGAGCACUUUUUGGACACAAGCAUUUGGUUGUUCAUUUUCAAACUCUGCAUUCGUCUAUAAGACAUGUACCGGAGAUGAGAGCCUGGAGGGCCUCCCUACACCUCUGUUUGAAAUGAGCAUGACCGGCCACAGCUACAAUGUCUAUAAUGCUGUGUAUGCUGUGGCACAUGCCUUCCAUAUCUUGAUACAGAAAUACAGAACAGUGGAGGGCACAAGCUCAUGGUCUCCUUUGCGUGUAGAGCCCUGGCAGCUGCACUCAGUUCUUCAGAGGAUCUCAUUCAACAAUAGUGCUGGAGAUGAAAUUACAUUUAAUGAACAUGGAGAAUUAGUAGGUGGAUUUGAUAUUACAAACCUGGUCACUUUCCCAAAUAACUCCUAUGUCAGAAUCAACGUGGGAAGACUGGAACCUCAGGCUCCUCCUAGCAAAAAGAUCAUCUUUAAUGAAGAGGGAAUCAAAUGGCACAGAGGAUUGACUCAGGUGCCACCCCUUUCAGUAUGUAAUGACAUCUGCCAUCCUGGUUACGGAAAGAAAAAGAAGGAGGGAAAGAAAUUUUGCUGCUAUGAUUGUGUUCGAUGUGCAGAAGGAAUGAUCUCAAAUGAGAUGGAUGAAGAAACUUGUGUCAGUUGCCAAGAGGAUCAUUACCCAAACAGAGGGCAGAAUCAAUGCAUCCCUAAGAUUCCAAACUUCCUUGCUUUUGAUGAAACUUUGGCCAUCAUUUCAACUAUCUCUGCACUUUUGUUGUCUCUGGUCACAGUUCUGGUGCUGGUCAUCUUCAUUAAGCACCGGGAUACUGCCAUAGUCAAAGCCAACAACAGAAGCCUCACCUAUAUUCUCCUCACUUCCCUCCUCCUGUGUUUCCUCUGCUCCUUGCUGUUCCUUGGAAAGCCUAUUGAGGCAACCUGCCUUCUCCGACAAACUGCUUUUGGUAUCAUCUUCUCUGUGUCCCUGUCUAGCAUCUUGGCCAAAACCAUCUCUGUCGUUUUGGCAUUCAUGGCUACCAAACCAGGAUCCAGGAUGAGGAACUGGGUGGGGAAAAGACUGGCUUAUUCCACUGUCCUCUCUUGCCCUGUUGUUCAAGUAGCAAUCUGUGCUCUGUGGCUGGCAACCUCUCCCCCAUUCCCAGACUUGGAUAUGCACUCAUCUGCUGAAGAAAUCAUAUUGUUAUGUAAUGAAGGAUCAGCCAUCAUGUUCUAUUGUGUUUUGGGCUACAUGGGCUUCCUGGCCAUUGUCAGCUUCAUUGUGGCCUUCCUAGCCCGGAAAUUACCUGACGCUUUUAAUGAAGCCAAGUUCAUCACCUUCAGCAUGCUGUUAUUUUGCAGUGUUUGGGUCUCCUUUGUUCCUACUUACCUGAGCACACAAGGAAAGUACAUGGUAGCUGUGGAGAUCUUCUCCAUCUUGGCUUCCAGUGCUGGAUUACUGGGCUGCAUCUUUCCCCCAAAAUGCUACAUCAUUCUGGUGAGACCUGAGUUAAAUAACAGAGAACAGCUAAUACGAAAAAAAAUAUAA